AUGGAUACGGCCACCUUCUACUACGCCGCGGUGCUCUUCUUGGCCCUCCUCGUUACCUCCAAAACCUUCUUCGGAUCCAAGAACACCCGUCCCCGGAGUCCAUCUACCGGCCCCCUCGCCCUCCCCGUCAUCGGCCACCUCUACCUCCUCCGCCAGCCCCUCCAUCGCACCCUCUCCGCCAUCUCCGCCCGCUACGGCCCUCUCCUCCUCCUCCGCUUCGGCUCCCGCCCCGUCCUCCUCGUCUCCUCCCCCUCGGCCGCCGAGGAUUGCUUCACCGUCAAUGACAUCACCUUCGCCAACCGCCCCCAGCUCCUCUUCAACAAGUACUUCGGCUACGACUUCACCACCCUCGGCGCCUCCCCCUUUGGCCCACACUGGCGCAACCUCCGCCGCAUCGCCACCCUCGAGAUCUUCUCCCACGCCCGUGUUGCCGCCUUCUCUGCCUCUCGUGCUGCUAAUGUCUUCUCGCUCCUCCGCCACCUUUUCGGCAACGGAGACAAAAUCGAGUUCCGGAAGGUGGAGAUGAAGUCGAUGUUCUCGGAGCUGACGUUUAAUGUGGCCAUGGAGAUGAUCGCCGGGAGGAGGUACUACGGGGGGGAGGCGACGGAGGUGGUCGAGGAGGGGCAGCGGUUCCGGCGAGUUAUGGAGGAGAUGUUUUUGUUGGGCGGCUCAUCGAAUUUGGAGGACUUCUUGCCAUGGGUGAGGUGGGUAGGGUGGAACACUGCCGAGAAAAGGAUGAUCAGGGUAAUGAGGGAGAUGGAUGAGUUGUUCCAAGAGAUGGUGGAGGAGCGAAGAAAGAAGAGGGGAAGAGAAGAUGAAAAAAAAACUAUUAUCGAUGUUAUGUUGGAGAUGCAGGAGGUAGAGCCUAAUUACUACUCUGACGAGAUCAUCAAAGGAAUGAUUCUGAACCUCAUAGCAGGUGGUACAGAUACAGCGGCCGGAAUCAUGGAGUGGGCAAUGGCCUUGCUUCUCAACCAUCCAGAGGCACUGGAGAAGGCCAAAGCCGAGAUAGACAAGCAAGUGGGUCAUGCUCGCUUAGUGACUGACCAUGACCUUCACAAUCUUUACUAUCUUCAGAAUGUCAUCAAAGAAACCCUUCGUCUAUUCCCAAUAGCCCCUCUCCUUGCACCACGUGAGUCAUCCGAGCAAUGUGUCAUACAGGGAUAUAGUGUUCCACGUGGCACGAUGUUAUUGGUUAAUGCUUAUGCGAUACAAAGGGAUCCACAGCUAUGGACGAAUCCCUUGGAGUUUCAGCCAGAGAGGUUUGAUGAAGGAGAGAGGGAGGGAUACAAGAACAUCCCUUUCGGGUCUGGAAGGAGGAGGUGCCCAGGGGAGGGCUUGGCCAUGAGAAUUAUGGGGUUAGCCUUGGGAUCUUUGAUUCAGUGUUUUGAGUGGAAGAGAAUCGGGGAGGAUGAGGUGGACAUGACUGAAGGCUUAGGGCUCACCAUGCCGAAAGUGGAACCUUUGGAGGCCUUGUACAAGCCAUUUGAAAACAUGAUUGACGUUCUUUCUCAAAUAUGACUAUGUUCUAAGGGUAUGGAUUGUAUCUUUCGCAUGAUGGAGUGAUUGAUCUUUUUUUGCAACAUAGACCGUCGGAUGGUGCUCUGGAUUAGCUCCGAACAUCUUCAGUCAUCCAUCUAUACAAAUCUCGAAGUAAUCAUUGCACAAUCCAAUGACGGAUGCAAGCGAAGAAAAUAUGCAUUAUUCUUUCAUGCAAAAAAUACAAUCCAUGUCCAUGUUUGAAUUUAUUUCCAUGUAAUAACUACUACUUUUAUGAUGUAUCAGUGUUUUGUAAAAGAAACAAAGGAUUCUCCUUUUGUUUGUUUGUUUGUUUUUUUUUUUUUUUUGUAUUUCUUGUUACAUAUAUACCUUUGUUUUGUUAUAUAUAACCGUCUUGCAAACCA